AGACAAGUGAAGUGCGUUCUGUUUAUGUGAUGACUAAUAAAGAAAACAAUAAGAAUUGGAUGCAGGUUGAUGCAGGUUCAGGCGUGUUUAGUUGAGGCCCGAGGGAUCCAGCUGAUUUGGAUUAGGCUCCAGAACAGUUGUACCCGAGGCAGUCGCUACGUGCUCGCGCCGUGACUUUGUUUUGGGACGUGAAUCGUGCGCUCGUUUUGGCUUUUGGCACGACGCGCGAGUCGCGACGCAGGAGACUCGUCUAGCCCACAGAGCUCGCUUGCUGAGUCCGAGAUAGCCAUAGCUGGCCUCUGGUCGUCGCUGCUGCGUCUGCCCCUUGUUCGCCACUCCAGCCCUUCAAGUUGGCGUCGGAGGUUCGUCUGGGUCCACUCGCACCUGAUGCAACACCAUGUCCUCGCCCAUAGACUGCAGCCCUGCCGGGGGACGUGAACGAGAACGAAGCCGAGGACGCCCCGUGGAGUACGAUCCGGACGACGAGGUGUUCGUGGACGACCCCGAUCUCGAUCUCGGUGAGGGCGACGAGGGCGUGGAGCUCCGCGAGAAGACGUCCCCGCCGCCCCGCGUGCGCCGCGUCUCCGACGUGAUCGACUCGAUCGGGGACAUGAGCCCCGUCCACCAGCACCUGAUGGACGCCAUCCAGGCCAUGGACGGCAGGCGCCUCAGCGACCCGGCCGGACUGCAGGUCAGGCACGACGCAGAGCCCUCCAGGCACUCGGACAGCUUCGCCCUCAACGGCUCUGGAAGGCCCAAGUCCAUCUUGGUGGACCAAGGUUACGGCAGUUCCAGCACCAUGUCACCGUUCUAUCUGGUGCACUCUCAACCACCUGUCCCGUUGGCUUCGACCAAGGCGAAACCUGCCAACGAUACCAUUGACGCCCAGCCCUACAAUGUUCCAUCAACAAACCCUGGUGUUCAAGCCAAAAUGCCUGUGGGCAAAGAGUCUGAGGAAUAUAACAUGUCUCAUCCUCGACGUGGCAAAGCGGUGAUUUUCAACCAUGACACCUUCAAUAUUGAUGGUCUGAGUCCUCGCUCAGGUUCUGAAGUUGAUGUUAAGAAUCUAGUUCAAACUUACGAAGGCCUUGGCUUUGAGGCUAUAGUGCAUCAGAACCUCACUUUUACUGAAAUCAAAUCUGAAAUCAGCAAGUUAAGCCAAGAAGACUUCACUGAUGCUGAUUGUCUAUGCAUCACUGUGCUAACUCACGGCAUGGGCAGUAACUACUUGCUCGCUCAAGACCAUCCGUACAAUAUUGACCAGCUGUGGACUCCUUUCACUGCUGAUCGCUGCACGACCCUUGCUGGAAAGCCGAAGCUCUUUUUCAUCCAGGCUUGCAGAGGUGAACGGCUGGACUCUGGUGUCACUCUUGUUUCUCACCGCCACCGCUCAGAAACAGACUCUUCAUCUUCAACAUCUUACAAAAUUCCCACCCAUGCUGACUUUCUGUUGGCUUACAGCUCUAUGGAAGGUUUCUUCUCCUGGCGUAAUCCAGAAGAUGGAACAUGGUUCAUUCAGUGCCUAUGUGAGGAAUUGCGAAACAAUGCAGCCAAAGUGGAUCUUCUGAAGCUUCUGACUAACGUCUCCCGCAAAGUGGCUCUUGAUUAUCAGUCGUACAAUGACCUGAUACCAUGGCAACAUGAGCAGAAGCAGGUACCUUCUGUUGUAUCCAUGCUGAUCAGAGAUGUCCAUCUGCGUCCCAAAAACUAAUCUGUAGCAUGAAUGGAGUGCACAAUGUACUUCUUAUUUCCAUUGAAGUGAUGUUGAAUGUGUGAUAAGGCUUUUUGUGAUGAGCUGUAGAAAAAUUUAAAAGCACUGCCAAGCAUUCUGGUAUAGUUCACUAGUGAAGGCAGUUUUACUGCCAUUGUGCCAAUUUUACCAGUGUCUUUCAGCUCGGCUAUUUGAGCAUCUCUAAGUGUGAUCUCAUUUGAAUUGGGAACAUGACAUUUUUGUAUGGUCAGGUCCACAAUCUUUGGAGAUUAUUUUAAAUUAUGUGCUAAGGUAAUGUUAUGUUUGUUUACUUGCUCAAUUAAGAGGGCAUUCAUGCUUAUGUUGGCAUAUUACUUCUGUCUCAGUUAUGAUGCUUCACAUAAUUAUUGUGAAUUUGCUUGUUCUUUUAUGUUUACUACAACACUUGCCACAAGUACAUUUUAGCAAAAAAAAAUGUAAACUAGCCUUAGCUUUGUCGCUUUUUAACUACAGAUUGUUCAGAUUUAACUUAAUAACUUUUCUUUGAAUGGAAUUUGUAACUUUUAUUUGUUUGGCUCAAUGUUAUUGUUUUAUGCCAGUGUGUUUUGAUCGGGGCUGCUGAGUGCAGUAAUGAAUUGUUUUGAUACGUCAAAUUUAAUGCAGCUUUUGAUAAGUUUUUUUAAACUUGCAUUCUUGUCAAUUUAAAAUGUCAGCACACUAUGUGUAACAUUCCUCUCAUGCUCUUGCGUUUUUGCAUCAUGUAUUAUGCCACAAGGCAGGUGUUGUGUUGGUUCUCUUGAGAUUUCUGUCUUGCAGCAUGCCCAUUUCCUACUUUGCAUACUUUUACAUAGUGGUGCAUUGGCACUGUUCAAGGUGCUUGUUUGAGGCACCAUCCUUAUUGAUUUAAUUAUAGACAUUGAUCUCGUACUUGUGAACUGCAUGAGUACCAUUAGUAUGUGUUCAGACUUCUUAAAUUUUUUUCAUUAUCUUUACCAAGUUGCCAUUGCAUGUUGGCUCUUCAUUGUUGACUUUCUACCAGCAUUAUCAGUUUUGAGUUAUAUUGUUAUUGUAAGAUGUUUGCCAUAGUUUAUGUUGGUUAUGUGUGAUUAUUUCUUUUUAAUUCCUUAGAAUACAUCACUUCUAAAAUUGUGAUGUAAUACUGUGUAUUUGUUUGUAUUAAUGUACUACUUAGUUUGCAAUUUUUUAUCACCUAUGUGUUCAGUCAGAAAAUUUGUUUUCUUGUUUUAUUUUAUUGAUUCAUCUGACUAAGAAAAAGAAACACCAUUCUGGAUCAAUUAAAAUGAAUGAAAAUUUAUCAAAUUAAUAAACAAAUUGUUAUUAUGCUGCAACUGAAUUCAUUGUGAGCAAUGUUGCUGCAAUCAUAAUGUACAUGCACAACGAACAAAAUGUUCAGUAUUAUGUAAUUCAUUCUUUUUUAUCUACUGGUACUGUGGUACAAAUUUGAACCAUGCAGUGUGAAUGCACGUCAACAGCUGAGAGCCCAAGCUUCAAAGCCCUGUGCCUUCCUAUCUCUAUUUUUUUUGGCAAUGAUUUUAUACACAAGUAUAUAUUUGUAUGGUCCAAUGACUUAAAUCUGAAAGAUUUUUUUCUUAAAUUUGUACUCAAAAUCUUUAUAUUUGUACUUUGUGUUUAAGUUAUAAAUAAAUUGUUAAAAUGUA